GCGCUGAAAAUUGGUCUUGAGAGACCGCGCGCAUGUGUUAGCUGUGGUAUUAUGGUAGAGCAAAGAAAGCUACGGUGGACAAUGGGUUUGGGCUUGUUUGGGAUCGUAUAGCUUCCCCUCGAAGCUAUACUGACAUGUGCCUCGGUUUCGGUAAUCUCACAAGCCCGCGGGGCACAAGUGUCGCGUUUAUGUGGCUAACCGGGUCAUGCGUCAUCUGCGGGGGUAUGUGAUAACCGGAGUCAUUCCAGUCACGUGGUUUCGUGUCUCAGCUUUUCGGAACUUUCGCGAUAUCGUGUCACCAACCGCCCCUCAUCACGUCUCCCAAACUGCGAAAUGCUGGUGCAUCUGCCAGAGAGCACUUUCAGUUACAGCGCAUGACUUUUAAUAUUGGAUAUACGGGGAUAAGACUAGGUAUGAAAGCUUUUUUGACUCGUCCCAAGCGGAAAUCAUCUCCAGAGCUCCAAAAGGAAGUCGCAGAACCAGAAGAGUCAACCGAAGUCAAGUUGGUUUUAUUAUCGUCUUUGCAUCCUCACCUUGAUCAGGAAACUCUACUAGACAUCUUACUAGCGCAUGAUGGUUCCGUUUCUGAGGCAUCGGCGUCCCUUAAAGUCCAGGCCCCGGUGAAGAAGGGCACUCGAGUUAUCGGAUACCAGCAGUCCUUGAAGCAAUUUGCAACCCCAAGUGACUCGACAUCCUUGGAUACUACACCAAAAAAGAAGAAAUUAAGGUCAAAAGCCGGAAGUACAUUGCACUUAUAUGAUCCGGAAGACGUGGCUGAACAUACUCCAUGCACGAUUAUACACAACUUCUUACCACCUGAAGAAGCCAACGAAUUACUGCAAGAACUACUUGAAGAAUCAAAAUCUUUCGAGAAGAUCACUUUCCAACUAUUUGAGAACGUAGUAUCAAGUCCCCACACGUCAAGCUUCUAUGUCGAGAGCUACGACGAGAUCGAGCGCCAGAAAACAGAGUACCACUACAACGGUGGUCGACUUACGGACGUCCGACGCAUUACGCCUCAGCUUAUCAAGGUCAAACCAAAAGUCCAAGAAGCUGUCAAUUCCGAGAUUCAGAAACGAAUCAAGACUCGAUACCCUGGCGGGAAAAAGUUGAAAUAUCAAUCCCCCAACCCCUGGGUUCCAAACUCAGCAUUUGUCAAUGCAUAUACCGGCCCACAACAGAAUGUCGGCUGGCAUAGCGACCAUCUCACAUAUCUUGGACCUCGCGCCGUCAUCGGGUCGAUUUCACUAGGGGUUGCUCGCGAAUUUCGUGUCAGGCGCGUGAUUCCUAGAGACAGCGAUACGAAAACGGUUCAAGAGCAAGAUGCAGAAGGUCAAAUAUCAAUACAUCUUCCACACAACUCUCUUCUCGUGAUGCAUGCCGAGAUGCAAGAAGAGUGGAAGCAUAGCGUCGCCCCGGCAUUGUCUAUAGAUCCGCAUCCUAUCUCUGGCACAACUCGUAUCAACAUUACAUACCGAGACUACAAGGCAAACCUACAUCCAAGGUCUACACCAAAGUGUCGAUGUGGGCUGCCGUGUGUCUUAAGAGCUGUGACGAAGAAGAAGGAGAAUUUUGGGAAAUACUUUUGGAUGUGUUAUGCUAAUUCUCCCGGACAGGAAAACUGCGGGUUCUUUCAGUGGGCUGAGUUUGAUGAUGAUGGGAAUCCCCUGUUUAGAAAAGUAGCUGGCACUAAGACUUAGGGAAUCUAUAAAAACGUUUUCAAGCCAG